ACAAUAUGACCACAAAACGAGCCACAACUUAUGGUCAUCAUACCCAACAUCAACAGCGUCGGCCACCUGACGUCGAAGAGGCCUUGUCUUCCAUGUUGUGGACCCCAUAUGAGCGUGCCUCCAUUACGGAUACCUCUUCGGAUGAUGAAGAUGAGCUAUUGAAUCGUCACCAACAGCUGAGAAAAUCCAAAAGUCAAUAUGAUUAUACCAGCAUACCGACAAUACCGCCACCGUCUCCCACGCCCACAGCAACACCGUUGAUGCUGCCGGCCACAGCAAACAUUGUGGCCUACAUACCGACACCGACACAUCAAGUUGUAACACUGCCGCCGGGCGUAGCAACAAGUACUUAUUAUGCGGCCACAGCCGAAGAUAUAUGUGAUGCAUCUGUAACUACACCGUUAGUGCCUUUGUCCAGUCUUAUUUUGGAUGCCGGUAACGGUCACUUAACUACCAUGGCCGCAGCGGCCGAUGAUAUACUGGCCAGUUCCAAUUCCACCGUUAUUGCGGUAGCUGUCAAUGAUGCACCACACACUCCAUGCUACACUCCUGCUCCUGUUCCAGUCCUGUCCACGACUAAUGACAGUACAUUAGCCAACGAUAUGAGUUCCUCAUUUGCAGCAUCGUUAGAAAAUCAUAAAAAUCGUUUUUCUUUCACUUCCUAUGGUCGCAUAACGGGUCUAAACAAAUGGUGGCCAACGUCGCACUCUGCAAAUAGUAAUAAUGCUACUCCAACACUACCACCCCCACAACCAAUAUCCUCUUCGUCGUUGUGCUCAUCACCAUUAGCUGAAGCGACUGUGUUGAGCCCAUCUGGUAUUGGCUCAUCAACAGCCACAACUACCUUGGCCGUGUCUGUCGCACCAGCUGAGCCCAAGGAACCACCCUCCUAUGACUCACUCUAUUCGAAGGCCCAACAGAGGCAGCAACGACGGCUACAUCGUCAUGCCGCCACAUCACGUCAACGCGCUAAACAUUUGAAUAUUUUCAAGCCGGUACUGGAGACAUUAAAAGCAAAUGUGUCAACAAUUACACAGGGUCGUUUUGCCAGCAUAUCAUCAUCGUCGUCCUCCUCCUCGUCCUCGGCAGCGUUGUUGUCGCGACCGGAUAAUCGUAGUCGUCUAAAUGCUAACAACAAUCCCAGCAAUCAUAAUAUCCGCCGUAGUAAUAUGCCAAACAACAGCCUUGGCCACGGCAAUAAUCCUUGUAACAGCAUCACGGGUGCGGAUGUUAGUCCCGACACCACAGAGACACAUUUGGUACAUUCAUUUACAGAUGAUUUUCUAACCGAGCACUCUGCAACCACACGACGACAACAGCAACAUGUUGCUGUGAAAAAUGUUGACAAUCAACAUAUUGUGAAUACAUUGAACAAUAACAACAAUAAUAAUAAUAACAUUGUCAGCUGUUCCAUAACCUCAAUUGACGAGAGCACAGAACCUGCAGUACAAGAAAAACUACAAAAACAACUACAACAACAAAGUGAUAAUGAAGCUGACGCCACUUCAAUGGUGAGUCAUCGCACAAAUCAGCUGUGUGCCAGCGACGACGAACACGAUCAAAACACAGGCGAAGCAAAAACAGCGACAACUACUACGAAGAGCAUAUCACAACAAACCGAUGGUGAACUGCUACUACUGGAAGAGCAAGAGCAAACGGAAAAUAAACAAAACAAUAAUUUUAUUUUCAAUUCAAUGCAGCAGCGACCCCACCACCAUCAACAACAACAACAAAUGUAUGACUGCAACGAAGUCGACGACGAAUUUUACGAUCAAAGUAUAGAGUGUGAUAAAAUGAACCCCAUGGAAAUGAAUGGCUACAGAGAACCGAGAGAGUUCAUGUAUUCCGUAUAUUGUCACACAAGCCUUCCGACAGCACCAAUGUGGAGAGCCAUGCCACCGUACGAGACCUCGGCAGCACCAGCGAUCAGUUUGACGCGUUCAUUUGGGGUAAACACAACAGCGUACGGAAGAAAUUUAACGGAGUCAUCGUUGUCGUCGUCGGUUUAUCAUAACAACAGCACCACAGUUACGGAUACGUUUAAAACUAGUUUCGAAAGAUCGCCAGCCACAACAACAACGACAUCUAAGAGUUGUGAUAGUACAACAACAACGACGUAUAAUUUAACACCCAAUAAAUGUUUGGCAGAAUUGGAACGUUUAUAUGCGGAAUUUCGGGCCAGUGAAAGUUUAAGAGAGAAGCGUCUGCGCGAAUUGGAAUCUCGAAAGACAAACGGAGACGACGGGGGCGUCGCUACCGGUGACAAUAACGACGCAUGCGAAACCACAGCGGGACAACGGUUAUCGUCGGUCGUCGAUACUAACGAAAAUAACGCAAAUAUGCGUCUCAAUGUGCCCGCCUCCACAAACUCCUCGCCCGGUGGCGCUGUGGAGGAGGCGAUCAAAUCAAGUGAUACCACCAAAAUUAAUCCAAGUACCAGCAGUGUAUUCCUAACAACAACAAAUAGUGUUACAGCUUUAACGAAUCCGUGUCAGCGUACACCGAGUCUAACUAUACAAGUGAAUCAGAAUACAAAUACAAGUUCAAAUAUCUCCAAUAAGAAUACGAAAAAUAAUAACAACAACCACAACAAUAAUAAUAAUAGUAGUAGUGUAGGUGAAAUUAUCCUAAAUCAGGCCAUAGUGAAUGCAACAACGGCCACAGCAGCCAGCAACAACAACAAAAAUGGUGUUAGUGUGAUAAAUUGUAAUUAUGUAAAUAAUAACAACAACAAAAGCAACAACAACAAAAGUAUUACAAAUCUUUGCGAUAGUGCUAGUGUUAAUAAUUCUCAAAAUAGUUCAGUGCCUAAUUUGUUGAAAAAUAAUGAAAAUCAGAAUAAUAAUACCAAUCAUAAUUCCGAAAAUCCCCUUACAACGGGCAGUGUUAAUGUCAUUCAAGUCAAUGGUACCAAUAUCACCGCACCGCCAUCACGCACCUUUACCUCAACCGAAUGUCAAACGGAUGAUGUUGCCGGUGUACAGUUGAGAUCACCUCGUACCCAAUGUAAUGCCACACAAUCGGGCAACCCCUCAUCCACUAUAACCAACAGUCGUGAUCGUGAUCAACGUCGUCGUGAAAGACGUGAACGACGUCAUUUGCAUCACACCGCCUCAAUGAUGGUGGCACCCACCCACUCCCAUCAUACCGGACGCCAUAACCAUUUGGAUCGUCAUUCAAUGCCCGCCCCACCAUUACCACCCAUUCUACAUCCACCACAUAUGCAUCCGGGAUUAACAAAUCAUCAUCCACAUCCCCAUAAUGUUGCCAUGAUGAGACCUAUGCUGCCUGAUAUAUUACAUAAUCAUUUUCCGCCACCAUAUAGUGCUCUGCCGUCACAGGCAUCGGGAGCGUUACCGCCUGCAAUGGGUGGCGUCAGUGCCAGUAUGUCAAAUCAUCCAAACGGCCCGGCUUUAACACAAUUUGCCCAUGGUUGUCCGCCACCACCACCACCCCCGGGGGUGACAAUAUUGGGUCCUCCACCACCGCCACCACCAGCCGGUACAACAAUGUUGACAUCGGUUAUAUCGACGGUGCCAAUACCGGGAGCUACACCCAUCGUUAAUGAUGGCCGAUUUUCACUACCAUUGCCGAUAAUAAGAAGAAAAGCCCAAAGUUUUCUCUUAACUUCAUUAAGUUCGAAAAAAACCGACAACAAAAUCAGCGGCAACAACCCCUUUAUUAGCAAUUUAGAAAGGAGUAAGGUAACAUGGAUGCUGUUUGCUAUGGCUGCCGUGCAAAUGGCAAACGUCAAGCAGCUAAUCCAACCUGUAACCAUUUCAUAUUCGCCUCACAACAACAAUAAUGGUAUAAAGAAGCUGAAGAAGUCAAACCUAUAA